UUGUGACUCUUAUACAUUAGGCACUGGUAUUCCUGCUAACUGCUAUCAGUUUCACAGUUGCACUGUGAACCAUCAAGCUGAAGAAUCCACAUCAGCAGCAACAUGUUUCAGGUGAACAUCUGGAUCUGUGCUGGCCUCCUGCUGUCCCUCCCUCACUGCACGUUUCAGUCGUGCACAGAUGGGACACCGAAACAGUGCGCCGAUGCAGAAUUUGCUCCGGGCAUCAAUUUGGCCGGGGAAGGCUUCGACAUCACCAAAAUGGAACGUAAAGGGGCCUUCGUGCUCAACAUGAAUCAGUGGAAACGCAAAGAUAAAACAUGCAUGCUGUGUACCAACCCUUAUCUUGAGAACAUAAAGCAAAAGCUACCCCUGACAGUGGUGGACUGGAGGGCAAAGCAGUCCUGCAGCGCAAAAGUUUCCACCAAACUUCACAAAUCCAGCGAGUCUCUUGUCAGUUCCAGCGUUUCCUCUGUUGAAAACAACUGGAAGACCGAUCUAGAAGUUGAAAUAAAUGACAAAGGUGCCUCUGUUAUGCUAGCUGGUACCAAUUCUAAACUGGCAGAGUACUCCAUGGAGAAAACAAAGAGUGACAAAUUCAGCUUCACUAGCCAGAGCGUGUCGUGUGAGUACUACAGCUACCGAGUGUCAAAUACUCCAAAGCUGCACACAGAAUUUCGGAAAGCAGUGAAAGAUCUUCCCAAAUAUUACGCCCCAGAAUUCAAACAACGAUUUUACAAACUGAUUGACAACUUCGGUACCCAUUACAUCACAAAGGUAAAGCUCGGAGGAAGUAUUGACUCCGUGACCAGCAUCAAGCAGUGUCAGGCCAGCCUGCAGGGACUCAGCUUGGAGGAGGUGGAGCUGUGUCUGGAAGCUGAGGCAUCUGCGAGCAUUAAAGCCACAAUAAAAGCCGAAACAAAACACUGCCAGAAAGCUUCAGACAAGUUGGAAAAUAAGAACUCUUUCUCCGACCUCUUCAACGACAGGUUUACAGAUAUAAAAGGUGGGCAUACCACAGACCCAGACCUUCUCUUCUCUGCAGACAAAAAUCCAGCUGCCUACAAGGAAUGGCUGGAAACCCUACCAAAAAAUCCAGAUAUUAUUUCAUACUCCUUAAAUUCCCUUCAUGAGUUGCUUCCUACCACAUCCAAAGCCCGGAAAAACCUGCGCUCUGCCAUUAGCCAUUACAUCCUGGAGAAAGGCCUGUGGAGAAACUGCAGUGCUCGCUGUCAGGCUGGGAUUAAGAGUGACACGAGGGAUUCCUGCGUCUGCCAGUGCCACAAUGACCCCGCCGUGACCCAAGACUGCUGCCCAGCUCGUAAAGGAAUGGCACGGGUCAUCAUAACAGUAAAGCGGGCCUCUGAUCUGUGGGGGGACCACACCACAGGUACAGAUGGUUAUGUGAAGGUGCAUUUUGCUGGAACAAUUGCUCAACGUACUCCUGUCAUUUAUAACAACAACAACCCACACUGGGACGCGGUCGUCGACCUGGGCACGCAGGAUGUCUCAUCAAUUACCAAAUUCAGACUUGAAGUCUGGGACGAGGACAACAAGUGGGACGAUGACCUGUUGGGAGAAUGUGAGCCACUUCUGACUUCUGGAGUUACAACCGAUCUCUGUCCUCUGCAGCACGGCCAGCUGUUCUACAAAGUGGAAGUGCAAUGUGCUCCGAGUCUGACUGGGAAGUCAUGCACGGAAUAUAAACCCACUCCUAUUAAUCCAAGUCUGAAGAAGCUGUAUGUGUCCCGCAACGCUCAUCCUAUUCCACCGGCCAUCCUGUCAAAAAUGGGCGUGUUUGUGGACAAAUCAAGCUCAUGGAAAAACCAGAGUUUUACUCGCAAGAGCUUCAAGUAUGGCAUAAAAUAACACGCACUUACGAAUUUGGACCGAAAACAGAUCUCAGGAUUCACUUGAAAACCUAACCAGAAGAGCCUCGACUUCGACGUGAAGGAUUCGUUCUUUGCUUUCAUCUUGCAAUUUCUAGACUAUACCUUGUCCAUCACUAAUAUUCCUCCAUAUAGGAUCAUUUGUGCAAUGUUUUAAUGUUCUAGAUGUCAGAAAACUGGAUUAAUAUAUUCAAAUAUAUUUAAUAAAUAUUUUGAUGUUUAUGGAUGUAUGCAUUUGUAUCCCAUAAAGCCAGUUAGAUAUGAAGACAUUAUGUAGCCAUGUCUGUUGUAAAUCAUAUAAAAGUUUCUGCUAAUCCGGCUCAACCUUAAUUUAUAAUUUUAUUAUUCCUCAUUAAUAAUGAUUUUAUCUACAUAUUCAUUAGCAGAAUGAAUUUUACUGCAUUCAUUUUGCAGCAGUUUAUGUGUCAGUUCAAGUAUUUGCACUAUGUUCCAAUAUACCAUAUGUAUUUUAUUCUCACUAUAAAUGCAGCUUUAUUAUGCACAAUAAAUAUAUAAUAUCUGAA